AAUGUAAAUUCAUUCUUCAUCAACUUCUUAAGUUCGUAUCAUCUCAACUAAUCCACAGCGGCAACAGCCAUGGCUAACAGUCAGUUUGAAACCGCAGAUUCUUCCAGAACAUUGACCCUUAACAAAUCUCCAUCUUUUUCCCUUGCUCCUUGCAUUGAUAGGAACAAACUUGCUGUGCUAGUUAAAGAAAAAGACUCUGCUUCUCUUUACCAACUCGGUGGGGUUGAAGGCGUUGCCACCGCUCUCAGGACUGAGUCAGAAAAUGGGAUCCGAGAUGAUGCUGAGGAAGGUAGAAAAAGGCAGGACAUUUUUGGUUCAAAAAUACUGUGUUCCUAUCAGCGUGUCCUCCUCCAUUAUUGCCUUCCAUUUCUUCUUCAGAAACUUCCUUCUGUGCAAAAGCAAUGCAACGAAGGUUACUAGCACCCAUGCUUUGAAUUAUCCUCUCCAUCUCCUUUAUCCCGUCUCUAUCCAUCGACCUUACCUCCCCAUUACUAUAAUAAUAAUUCGAACACAUUCCCAAAAUCAUUUCUGCAGCUCCUUUCCAAUGCACAUGGAUGGUGUUCGUAUCAUUUCUGAAGAAGAAACGGAAGGCAAUAAUGGAGGAGGACACGCUGACAGGAACACAGUAUUUUUGAACCAAAAAUGUCCUGCCUUUUUCUAACUUCCUCAGCAUCAUCUCGGAUCCCAUUUUCUGACUCAGUCCUGAGAGCGGUGGCAACGCCUUCAAUCCCACCGAGCUGGUAAAGAGAAGCAGAGUCUUUUUCCUUCACUAGCACGGCAAGGUUUUUCCUAUCAAUGCAAGGAGCAAGGGGAAAAGAUGGAGAUUUGUUAAGGAUCAAUGUUCUGGAAGAAUCUGCGGGUUCAAACUGACUGUUAGCCAUGGCUGUUUCCGCUCUGGAUUAGUUGAGAUGAUACAAACUUAAGAAGUUGAUGAAGAAUGAAUUUACAUUCCCUGGAAGCUGAAGAAAUCAUUCGUUAUAUUGAGGGAGAGUGGGAGAUGACCACAAUUUCUAGGAAACUUCCCUGAUGACCAAUAAUCUAAACUAUGAAGGAGCGGGUCAAUCAAACCAAGAAGGAAAGUAUCCAGGCCAAUCAAACUCAGAGCAAUAAUCAAAGAAUAUUAUGACCAACGGUCAAGUAACGUUACUCUCCUUAAUCCUAGGCAUAACAAAUGGAUCUGAUCAUGUAAUUACAAUAUAUAUAUCUCUACUCUUGUACAGUACACUCAUCAAAUACAACUCAGUAAACCUUUCAAAUCCUU